AUGGAUUUUCCAGCAAUUGACGGCAGACUUCAACACGACGCUUGGCUUGCGCUUCGGUCAACUCGUGUGGAUCCUGGCGAGGCUUCUUGUGCACAAAAUCCAUUUGAUGCAGAACUUUCUUGUGUGGAUCACGAGAGGGAUCGUUUUACAGGACAAUUAUCCCGUGUUGUAUGUCGAAUUACUUCGAAAUUAUAUCGCUUGGCUCGACGUUUGCGAUUCUUCCGCUGCUGUUUUGUUAAUGAUGGUCGAUGGGAUGGUGGUUCAAUGGGUAUUGUACGAGUGGUUGAUGUUGAGGAUGGACGAUUCGAUGAUGGUUCAAUGUGUAUGGUACGAGUUGUGGUUGUUGAUAAUGUACGAUGUGAUGAUGAGUAUGCACACAAGUCGUUGAUGAUGAUGAGUGUCGAUGAGACUGGGAAUGAAGAAACGUUGAGAAGACUACAUUAUGUAUUAAAGCAAAUUAAACUCGACAUUCCCGAACUACCACCAAAUAAUAUUGUUCAAAACAAUACACUUCCACACACUUUUAAUCGUUUACACUUUUAUUAG